CGACAGCGGAAACAAGGGCGACAGAAGCAGGGGGCGAAGGAUUUAGAUGUAACACAACUACGGUGCGCGAUAAAGCUCAAACCCAAACGUGCGUCCUUCUCACUCACGCAGGACGUGCUGUUACAUGACCAAAGAUGUCUGCGACCAGAUACCGUCGGUUUCUGAAACUGUGUGAGGAAUGGCCCAAAGACGAGACCAAGAAAGGCCGUGAUUUGGGGACCUUCCUGCGACAGAGAGUGGCUUCUGCCUUCCGUGAAGGUGAAAACACUCAGAUUUCAGAUCCAGAGAAAUGUGACCAGAUGUAUGAAAGUUUGGCACGGAUUAAUGGCAAUGUAUACAGACAACGGUUUCCUCGCGUGAGGGACCCCAGCUUCACAGGAGUCACGGUGGAAGAGUGUAGAUUACUUUUGUCAGGAAGUAUGCAACAGAUGGACGAGGAAAAGAAGGGUUUGUGGAAGACGUUAAUGCAGAGGUUCUCCUCCAAAUCGCCAGAAGAUGUUCCAGAGAAACCUACUGAAAAAUAACGUUUUUCUUCUCACUCUUCUGUUCUUUUCUUGUUAUAUAGAAAUAAAUCUUAUUAUCAUUUUGGACUCUUUUUAUAAAUUAGAACUUAAUAAAUAUAUUUAGUUUUUGUCA